AUGGCAAAUUCUGAUGAAAGCGAUUUUGACCUCGAGGAUGAAGACGAUUAUUACGCCUGGCUCGGAUUAAAUAGAUCGGCUUCAGCAGACGAGAUAAACAAUGCUUACAGACGACUGAGUCGAAUGUACCACCCUGACAAGCAUCAGUCAGAUGAUAAAAAACAAAAAGCAGCCCAACUUUUCAAUAAAAUCAAAAGAGCUCAUGAAGUGUUAUCUGAUUCCCACCAAAAAGCCAUUUAUGAUGUUGCUGGAGUACAAGGUCUCAAGACUGAAGGAUGGCAGCUGCAGGUAAAGUAUCGAACCCCACAAGAGAUACUGGAUGAGUAUGAACGACUGAAGAAAGAAAACGAAGAGAAAAAGUUACAACAACGAACAAACCCAAAAGGCUCUUUAACAAUAGGAAUUAAUGCUACUGACAUAUUUGACGGAUACGAUUACGAUAGUGAAUACUCAUCCUUACUCCCGUCCGUCGAAAUAUCCGACAUGCAAAUCAGCCAGUCAGUCGAGUGUCCCUUAACUGGCAAAGAUACCGUGACACUAUCUGGUCAUCUGUCUUCACACAAUGGGACUGGACAGGGCAAUGUUUCAAUAGCAACCAGGCGAGUUCUUAGCGAUAAAGGAUGGGGAGAGGUAGAGUUUUCAAUGGGCAGCAAGCCGUCAUUAUCGUGUCGCGGCUUUAGAACUCUCUGGAAUCGUGGGUUUGGCACGGUGGGCGGUUCGUUGCAGCUGGGCCCAGAUGGCAUGCCUAAAGUCAACUAUAACCUUAUGGUAGCACACCAGUUUGACAAACAUCUUCACGGUAGAUUGACUUUCAACGGGGGCUUACUUUCUGGCGUCAAUGCCUCCCUAAUGUACGACAGGGACGACCAUCAUGCCCUCCUAGGGCUCCAGUUAGGUAUUCCGGCAACUUACGCCAUACUCCAGUACAUAUACAACUGUCAGAAAUACGAUCUAAGGCUUAAGACCGCAUUAAGGUUUGGUACCUUUGGGUUCUUAUUCGAGUACGGUUGCACUAAAAAAGUUACACAGUUCAGUGACUUGGGGGCCUCCAUAUCGUUUGGGGUCCCCGUCGGUGUGUCCUUGAAAAUCAGACUGACACGUGGCAACCAGACCUUCUCCAUGCCAAUCAGAUUGUCCGAAUCAGUCGUACCGUCGGCCAUUUUUUACGGUACCCUCGUCCCAUUGGUUGGAUAUUUCAUGAUUAAAAAAUUCAUCAUUGACCCUUACGUAAAAGAGCAAAAUGAAAGAAAUUUAAAAGAGAAAAAGCAGAAACAUACGGAGCUUUUUAGUAAGAAGAAGAAGGAGGCUGAAGAUGCUAUGGAUCUAAUGAGUGAGCAGGUAGAGAGAUGCAGAGAGGUGGAGGAAAACAUCGGUGGCCUGGUCAUCCAUCGAGCGCUGUACGGGGUGCUGGUGGACGAAGGAAGUGGUAGCUGUUGUAUUGAGGUGGGCAGAUGUCUUCAGGGUCUGGUCAAAAACUCCAAAUUAUUAGUCAUCGAAAACACCAAACUGUCUGACCUUCCGGGGUUUUAUGACCCUAGUUUCGGCGAGACUAAAUCCCUAUUGGUCGAAUAUUCUUUCGGGGGCAGGAGGCAUAGACACGUUUUCAUAGAGGGAGAGAGAAUUGUACUGCCUAAUAAAGAUCAUAUUAUUGACUGACAUGGGCCAAAAGAAUGAGGAACAUUUUAAUUUCUAAUAUCAUAGCUAUGUAUCUUUUUAAUUUUCUUUUUUCAAUGUUUUUUUAUGUACGUGUGUGUAUGUGUGUGUUUAUGCGUGAGUGUGUUUUUGUUUAUUGUGUGUGUGUAUGUUUGUGUGAAAGUGUAGGUUUGUUUGAUUGAUUGUUUUGUAUGUAUGUAUGUAUGUAUGUAUGUAUGUAUGUAUGUAUGUAUGUAUGUAUGUAUGUAUGUAUGCAUGUAUGUAUAGGACAUUGUAAUAAUUGAUUAUUAUGUUGAAAUAAUGAUUUUUAUCUUACGUCUUCAGUAAAUAAUAAUAACAAUAAUAAUUCAUAAUUUAUGUUAGUAAUAAUUAUUAUUUUCAUUAUUAUUUUUAUUAUUAAUAUUAUUGUGGCUAUUAAAUAAAUGUAAGAAUGUCGGCAU